AACAGCAAAAUGAUGAUAAAAGACUGUGAGGUAGAAGUGUGUUCUGAGGAGGAAGGUUUCGAAGGGGCUUGGUUCCGAGCGGUUUUAGAGGAAAACCUUACUAAAUCAGGACGAAAGAAGCUUCGUAUUCGCUACAUGACUUUGCUAAGCGACGACGGCUUCUCUCCUCUCAUCGAAUUCGUCCAACAGAAGUUCAUUCGGCCAAUCCCGCCGGUGGAUCUACAGAACACUGUCGUUUUGGAUGAAGGAACGCUUGUCGACGCAGAUCACAAAGAUGGGUGGUGGUCUGGCGUUGUUGUGAAGAAGAAUCUUGAGGAUGACAAGUUUUUGGUUUACUUCGAUUCACCACCGGACAUUAUCGAGUUCGAGAGAAACCAGUUGCGGGCUCAUCUUCACUGGACCGGUUGGAAAUGGGUCAUACCAGAUUUUAAGGAUUUGGAUAAGUCGUCCAUGUUCUGCACCGGGACAAUGGUGGAAGUCAGCUCUGUCGAAGAUAACAUGGAAGUUGGGUGGUUCCCUGCAAUGAUAGUUACAGAGACUGAAGAGGAUGACGAGAAGAAAUUCAUUGUCAAGGACUUGACCUGCAAUGGUGAUGAUGCAACCACGACUCUUGAUCCGCACCGUGUUAGACCCACUCCGCCUCCUUCUUCAGUUGGACUGUAUAACUUGUUGGAAUGUGUGGAGGCGUUUCAUAAUCUCAGAUGGCGUCAAGGGCUUGUGAGGAGAAUUCUCUCUGAAAAACGCUACAUGGUUUUCUUAGAGGCUACAAAGGAGGAAUGUGUAUUUAAACACUCGGAUGUUAGACCUUUGAUGGUGUGGGAAAAUGGGGUUUGGCGUAACGGAGCAAAGCAAAAGCCCGCAAAAGAAACUCCUUCCAACGUCAUAAACAAGAAUCCAAUGCGCUCUUGUUCUGGUGCUAACCAAAUGACUCCUAUAGGAAGAUCCCUGAAUCCAGAUGACGGUGGAGAGACACUCGCUACAGCUAAAACUAUGGCUUCCACUGGAGAUUUGAGAAAGAAGAGGGCUGAUGCUGUUACGUAUAAGAAAACUCCUCCGGUCAUAACCCCACAAGUAACAUCAGCAGCAGAAGAAUCUGGUUCACUUGUAACUCCAUCCCCAGUCAUAACUGCAACAAAGCUGAAACAUACGGAGACUGAAACCGAAGGAAUGAAAUCCUCUGAGAAGACGCUUGAGCCAACAAGAAAUAAGAACAGCUUGGGAAACGAUUCCACUCGACAGAAGAUGCCUGAGGAGGUGAAUAGCGAAGCUGAGAGUAGAAAAAGGAAAAGAGAACAAGAACAACAUUCAGCCGUGAAUGAAACUGGAAAUCUAUCUACUGAGUUGGAAGAUGGGACACCCACUUUAACUGCCACUAGAGGUUCGGGAAAGGAGAGAGCUGAGCCUGUGAUGAAUGAUAACACCCCUCUGGUCAUUACCCCGCAAGCAACAUCAAUAGCAAAAGAAUCUGUUUCAAUUGUACCUUCGUCUCCGGUCAUAACUGAAACACCAUUGAAACAAACAGAGGCCAGUAGUGUACGAAUGACAUCCCCAGUGAAGGCACUUGAUCCAGUGAGUAAUCGGGAUGGUUUGGGAAAUGAUUCAACUCCACAUAAGAUGCCUGAGGAGGAAACCAGCGAAGCAAAGAGUAGAAAAAGGAGAAGAGAACAAGAACAACACUCAGACCUGAAUGAGAAUGAUGGGACUUGCAUUGGUUCAAAUGUUGAGAAUGGUACAAGUAAAAAUAUGUGCAACGAUGGUGAAGUUGUUGAUCAGCCUCUCUCUACGUGGAUAGGAUCUACUGAGGAGACACCGAACGUGGUGAAUAAUUCUGCUGCUGUCACUUAUGUGGAGGAAAGACAACAAAACGACACACUAAUGACUUUGCCUUUUGCAAAGAAGUCGCCGUAUUGGAAGACAUAUGAAAAGACGGAAGGCUUCAAAUCAGUUCCACAACGCCCUCACUUUAGCCCACUGGUUGAAGCUAAAGACGAUAUCCGUGAGUGGUCAGCGGUUGGCAUGAUGGUGACCUUCUACGGGUUACUAGACGAAGUCAAAGAUCUGAAACUCGACGAUUCCGUGAGCAAGGUCAAUAAUCUGAGCGUUUCCUUGGCCGAUCUAGAGAAGCAUGGUUUCGACGUUGCAGCCCCUCAGUCACGGAUCAGCAGAGUGUUGUUUCUCAAAGAUGUGCGAGCAAGGAAAGCGGAAGAAGGAACAUCUUUUCAGAAAAGGAUUGAAGAGGAAGAGAGUGGAAGUCGCAAGUUAGAAGAAGAAAUGGCUGAGUUGAAACUAAAAAUUCUUGAGCUGCAGAGACAAGAGGCAGUUGCAAAAGAGAUGAAGGAAGCCACUGACAAAAGGACACUUGAACUGAAAUCAAGUGCCGCUAUGGUUUUCCAGGAGAUGGAAGAUGUGGAGCUUGAGUUUAAGAAAACUGUGUCGGCUCCAUGGUAAUAAAACUAUGACUACCUAUAAGCUCUCUCUCUCUCUUUCUCGCUUUUGGUAUAUGAAACGAGUAGAUUAAGUAGAAAAAAGCUGUGUUAGAUUGUUGCCUCUUAUGGAAUCAGCCACUAUAAACGUUUUUGUAGAUCCUUCAUGUUGA